AUGGACCACAGCUGCUCGCCUGGCGGUAUUGGGAAUGCGCUCGCCCGCGAGUUUCAUGCGCGCGGCUGCAGAGUCAUUGCGUCCGCGCGGCGCGCCGAGGCGCUGACGGACCUGCAGGCGCUGGGCCUCGAGACCGUGCUGCUGGACGUCGACGACGAGGCGAGCGUGGAGGCCGCCGUCAAGGCUGUGGCCGACCGCACCGGCGGCCGCCUCGACAUUCUGGUGAACAACGCCGGCACGACGUACCAGAUGCCGCUGGCGGACAUUGAGCUGGCGCGGCUGCGCGCCCUCUUGGAGACGAACCUGGUGUCCGUCGUCGGCCUCACGAACCGCCUGCUGCCGCAGCUGAUGGCCGCGCGCGGGCUGGUCGUCAACAUCUCGUCGGCCUCGGAGAGCCUGCCGUUCCCCUUCAAGGGCGCCUACGCCAUGACCAAGGCCGCGCUCGCGUCGUACAGCCGCACGCUGUCGGUCGAGCUGGCGCCCUUGGGCGUGCGCGUGCUCAACGUGACGACGGCAUUUGUCCAGUCGCAGCUCGGCAAGCGUGCGGCGCCGCCCGCGUGGCCGGCCGACAGCCUGUACGACAGCAUGCGGGGGCUGCCCCAGGGCGCGGGCAGCGGGCCGCGCAUGCUGCCGGAGACGUAUGCCGCGCGCGUGGUGGGCGAGUGUCUCAAAGGCCCCGGCUGGCUGGAGUGGGGUCCGUGGCGGUUCGGCGGUACGCGCGAGACGAUGAUGCUGGGCACGCUGAGCGGGCCGAUGUGGCUGCUGGGCUUCCUGGGCAGCAACUGGGCGCGGUUCUUUAUGCUUCGCAAGUGGAAGUUUUCCAUUCUGAGCGAUGCCCUGCGGCGAGACAAGAAGACGGUGUAG